GGGGAUCUCGGGUGGCAGUCUAGAUCUUACUUUCUUUCCCAGAGCAUAGUUGCGAGCACGUGUUCAGUUCAGUGUCCUCGUGUUGCUUAAGAUUUGUUUUGAUCGACAAAGUUGGGGGUAGCCUAGAGUUGUUCCGAUAAAAAUCAGUAGAAAAAAGUGCGUGUGAGCCAGAGUACCAGUCAGUGACCUUAACAUCUGCAGAAGAUGAAGUUUCCGAUUUUUGCAGCUUUGCUGUUAAUAGCCAGUGCUCGUCCUCAGCACAGCAACAACAAUAAUUACAAUCAGCAGCAACAAAACCACGAGAAACACCUUGGCCCACAAGAAACAACCACAUGGAUCCCGAUUUUGAAAUACAACAAAGAACAAGGCGAGGAUGGAAGCUACAAGCAUGAAUACCAAACCGGAAACAACAUUGUCCACGAGGAAUCCGGAUACCUGAAGGACUUUUCCGAAGCGCACCCCAAUGGCAUUCUGGUACAGCAGGGAGCCUACUCGUACGAAGCCCCCGAUGGCCAGAUCAUCCACGUGCAAUACACGGCCGAUGAGCGUGGCUUCCGAGUAGUUAGCGAUCACCUUCCAACGGAACCUCCAAUACCGGUCGGAAUCCAGAAAGGACUGGAGGAGAUCUAUGCCGGCAUAAAACGUCGGGAGCAGGAACUGAAGUCCAAUCCCAAGUACGCGGAAACGGCUGCCCAGAGAGCGGAACUCGAUUAUCACGGCCAGUAUUAUCAGCAGUAGGUUCGAAACUGCUGAGCUGAAUCGGUUAGCGCGCUAAGAUUCCAUUCCGUUUAUUUAUAAUAGCUAGUAGUACAGUGUAACAUAGCGAAACUCCUGAGCUUACCAUUAGCUUCUAACUGCUGGGCUUCAUCCCCGGCAUAUUAACGUUGAAAAGAUUUGCAUAUACAAGACUGUGAUUUCUUACUCUUUUGGUUAGUAAAUGCGUCGUUUUACUAAUCACAAAUAAAUAAAUUUUAAAAACAAAAA